CGAACCAGAUGACGUCGCUCGUUGCCUUGUGCGGCCGAGGCCAUCUCAAGGAAGCCUUCACCACCCACUUCAACCUCAUCUCCUCAAACCCCCUUUUAAUCUCCCACCUCCUCAAAGCAUGCGUCGCCGUCCCCUCUCUCCCGGCCGCCCACCAGCUCCACUCCAUCCUCACCACCACCGGCUGGCUCACCUUCAAGUUCCUCUCCAACCACCUCAUCAACGCCUACGCCAAACUCCACCGCCUCGACUCCGCCCUCCAGGUGUUCGACGCAAUGCCCCACCGAAACGUCAUGUCCUACAACAUCGUGAUCGGGGCCCACAUUCAGAACGGGGAGCUGGCUCCCGCAAUCGAGCUGUUUGAGGAGAUGGGAGAGAGGAAUCCCGCGACGUGGAACGCGGUCAUCACCGGGAUGAUCGGGAGCGAGCUCAACGAGGAGGGGCUGCGAUUGUUUGCUCGAAUGCACAGCGAAGGGGUUUCUUCGGACGCGUUUACGCUGGCUAGCGUGUCGAGAGGGUGUGCCGGGCUGAGGGAUUCGAUGAGAGGAGAACAGGUGCAUUGCUACGCGAUUCGAUUAGGCCUUGAUCAAGAUUUGGUGGUGGGGAACUCGGUUGCUCAUAUGUAUAUGAGGUGUGGAUGCCUGAUCUUGGCUGAGAGAGUGAUUCAGCACGCGCCGUUGCGUAACGUUGUCGUUUGUAACACGCUCAUCGCCGGCCUUGUCCAGAACGGCCGCCCCUCGUCCGCGCUGGAAACGUACUACCUGAUGAGGAGGGCCGGGUUUUAUCCGGACACCAUCACGUUCGUGAGCGUGGUCACCUCGUGCUCCGAGCUCUCGACGCUCGGGCAGGGGCAGCAGCUUCACGCUGAGGCGGUGAAGGCAGGGGCGAUGUCGGAUGCUGCUGUCGUCACCUCGUUGCUCACCAUGUACUCGCGGUGUGGCUGCUUGGACGACGCGGUGAGGGCUUUUCAAGAGAGGGGAGUAGCCUCUUCAAGUGACCGCGUGCUUAUCUCUUCGAUGAUCGCUGCUUAUGGCUUCCACGGGAGGGGAGACAAGGCGAUCGAGCUGUUUAACCGGAUGGAGCUCGAAGGGAUGGAGGCGAACGAAAUCACAUUCUUGAGCCUGUUGUAUUCAUGUAGUCACAGUGGAUUGAAAGAAAAGGGGAUUCAGCUUUUCAACCAAAUGAUCAAGAGAUACAGAGUAGAACUCGGAGUGAAGCACUACACCUGCGUGGUCGAUCUCCUCAGCCGCGCAGGCUGUUUAGAGGAAGCCGAGCGCUUCAUCAGAUCAAUGCCCGUGCCCCCGGAUGCAGUCACGUGGAAAACUCUCCUCUCGGGCUGCAAAACGCACAAAAACGCGGAUAUGGCAAAGAGAAUAGCAGAGGAAGUUGUCAAAAUCGACCCUCGCGACUCUGCCUCGUACGUGCUCCUCUCCAACGCUCAAUCCACCGCGGAGAGAUGGCAAGACGCGUCUAGAGUGAGGAAUCGGAUGAAGGCGCUGACGGUCAAGAAAGAGCCGGGGAUGAGCUGGUAUGAACUCAAGAACAAGGUUCACCAUUUCAGAAUUGGUGAAAGGUCUCAUCCACAAUUGGAAGAGAUUGAGUCAUACUUGAGAGAGCUGAUGGAUGAGCUGAGAUCGCACGGGUACGUGCCCGAGACAGGGGCUUCAUUGCACGAUACGGAGGUGGAGGAGAAGGAGCAUAGCUUGGCGCACCACAGCGAGAAGCUAGCGGUCGCGUUCGCGCUGAUGAACGGGCCCGAGGGCCUCCCGAUUAGGGUGAUGAAGAACCUGCGUGUGUGUGAGGACUGUCAUGAGGCUAUGAAGUAUGUAUCGAUGGUGAAAGGGAGAGAGAUUGUUUUGAGGGAUUCAAGUAGAUUUCAUCAUUUUAGAGAUGGGCAUUGCUCUUGUGGUGACUACUGGUGAGCUAACUGAUUUCUUGGAUACAUAGGUUUGAACUAAUUGACUGUAUUGUAUCAUCAUGUGAUUGAUUAUUUAUCUGGAAUAAUGAUAGUACAUAGGUGGGACUGUUGAUAGUCAUGUAAAGGAUCUCAAUCGAACCAAUCUGCCUUCAGAUUAUUUGUUA